UGCAAGCGUCGUCAGGCAGGCCGGGAUUAUCAACAGGAGGUCAGAACGUAUGGGGUUAAGCAGGAGAAUGGUCAGACAAAGCCAGGGAUCAGGAGCAGGAGAAAUGAACAAAGCCAGGGAUCAGGAGCAGGGUCAGCAACGAAUUAAGACAGGAACAGGAAGCAGGAACAGGAUACAGGGCCCCAGGAGAAACGCACACCAAGGCAGAGUCUGCAGGUCUGGCCAUCCCUUAAAUACAUCAGUAUAAGCAGUUUCAGGUGUUUGGCGGCUGCAAGGUUGAGUCUCUGAUUGCUGGGAGCACCCGCUGGCCAGCCCUGGUACUGCAGCCCAUAAGGCAGGUGAUCCCACCAUUGCUGGCCAGUCCAUUCCUGACAGU